AUGGCGGAAUUCGUGCGUGCCCAGAUCUUUGGCACCACCUUUGAGAUCACCAGCAGAUAUACGGAGCUUCAGCCCGUGGGAAUGGGUGCCUUUGGUCUCGUCUGUUCUGCGAGGGAUCAAUUGACCGGGCAACCUGUCGCCGUCAAGAAGAUUAUGAAGCCGUUCAGCACACCCGUUUUGUCCAAGAGAACAUACCGAGAGCUAAAGCUGCUGAAGCAUCUGCGACAUGAAAACAUUAUUAGUUUGAGCGACAUUUUUAUUUCCCCCCUCGAAGACAUCUACUUUGUGACGGAACUUUUGGGAACCGACCUUCAUAGACUAUUAACCUCGAGGCCACUGGAGAAGCAGUUCAUCCAGUAUUUCCUAUACCAGAUCCUGCGCGGUCUCAAAUAUGUCCACUCCGCAGGUGUCGUUCACCGUGACCUCAAACCCAGCAAUAUCCUGAUCAACGAGAAUUGCGACCUAAAGAUUUGCGAUUUUGGACUGGCCCGUAUUCAAGACCCCCAGAUGACCGGCUACGUCUCAACGCGAUACUACCGUGCGCCCGAAAUCAUGCUUACAUGGCAGAAAUACGAUGUGGAGGUGGAUAUUUGGAGUGCAGGAUGUAUUUUUGCGGAGAUGGUCGAUGGAAAGCCGCUCUUCCCUGGAAAGGACCAUGUCAACCAGUUUUCCAUCAUUACGGAGCUUCUUGGAACUCCCCCAGAUGAUGUGAUUCAGACAAUCUGCAGUGAAAACACUCUGCGAUUCGUCAAGUCUUUACCCAAGCGCGAACGCCAGCCCUUGGCUAAUAAAUUCAAAAAUGCCGACCCCGAGGCGGUCGACCUUCUUGAGCACAUGCUUGUUUUCGAUCCCAAAAAACGAAUCAGUGCCGGUGAUGCACUUGCACAUGAAUACCUUGCUCCCUACCACGAUCCCACCGACGAGCCUAUCGCGGAAGAGAAGUUCGACUGGUCGUUCAAUGAUGCGGAUCUGCCCGUGGACACCUGGAAGAUCAUGAUGUACUCGGAAAUCCUGGACUUCCAUAACAUUGACCAGGGCCCCGAUCCUGGCCAGGUUCUCGUGGAAGGAGUCACGGGAGUCGGGGAUGGCCAGCAGACCUUCGCAUAA